AAUGUGUGUGUGUCUCAAGCUCGACCGUGCCUCUAUCGGUCCGUCGCUGCUCGUUUAUAUAAAUAGAGGCGUCCCGUCGCCACCGCCGCGGCGAAUAACUUUUGAGUUACACGAGCACGUUAUACGACUACACGGCCCAGUUGUUAUUAUUAACGAGCGUUUAAGACUCGACCACGGAGCGUCGCCGAACGGUGUCCGCUACCGCGUACUCGCGCCAACGAAUAAACAUGUUUUUAGUGUAAUUAAUUUGGUUUAAAAAAAAUAAUAAUAAUAAAAUAAAUCGUUUUAUAUAUCGUUUUGGACAACUUCGGCCGGUCGCGGGUGCGUUCACUCCUUGACGUCGCCGAUCUGCGGGGGUGCGAUCUGCGGUGUUGUGUACGCGUGUGUGUGUGUGUGUACCUACGUUGUCCGACGGAUAGCCGCCGCGAUCGCGUGUUGGCCGGCCGUCGGUAUAGUGCCUGUUUUUUUUUUUUUUAGUGGACAACAAUAUUAUUUCUAGUGACAUGUCGAUGAGACACGUUGCGCGGCGGCCGCGGCGAUGGUAGAAGCGCGUUAAAUGCCAUCUGCAGUUACGAAGGUGGCGAUCGUAACAGCGGCUUUGAAAUUAUGUCGCCACUGACGAUCGACAGACGACGUUUUCCGGUGCUGUAUUUCGCAGUUUUAUUACUAGUUACGAAAAACACCGUCAGUACAGAUCCAGAAACAAUAGGUGGAAAUACUACAACAAUAAUUAAUAUGAUCGAUUACGAUUUACCCGUUCAGGACAUGGCACCUGAGAGUUCUAUGACUUCACCCUGUCACCUGUUUGAGGGAGAAUUUGAAUUUUUUUCUCCCGGUUAUCCUCAGACGUAUCCUAAUAAUACGGAAUGCAUACGGGUAAUAACAGCUGACGAAGGAGAAGUUAUCGAAUUGGAUUUCAGAGACUCGUUUACGAUAGAACCUAGCAGUGGAUGUAAACACGACCAUUUAGAAAUUCGAGAUGGUCCCUAUGGAUAUUCAGAACCUGCUCAUUAUUUUUGCGGUAACCAAUUUCCUCCCAAGAUAGUGUCGAAGGACCGGUCGUUAUGGUUAAGGUUUCGGUCUGACGAAAACAUUGAAUACGAUGGAUUUCAUGCUGUUUACAAGUUCAUCAAGAAACCUCCAACAAGUGUCCGUGUACCGCAAUUGCCGGCUUGCCGGAAUUACAUAAAUGGCUCGCAAGGGUACAUCAACAGCACGGAAGUGGAUAAAGUCAAAAACGAAACACUCAUGUAUAAAGUGCCGCUUGAUUGUAUGUGGAUCAUAGAAGUAAAAGUCGGAUGGAAAAUCCAGCUGAACUUCAAAGAAUUCGCCUUGGAGAAACCCAACGACUGCAGUUGGAACGUGGUGGAAAUUUUUUCGAAUCGCACCGACAUGGCGUCGCGUCUCAGAGUGUUCUGUGGAUCGAUUGCCGAAAUGGUUCAGUCGCCGGGCAACAUGCUUCACGUGAGGUUUGUGGCUGAAGGAAAUACUUCCAAAUUCUCGGCGUUGUUCACCGCGUAUCGUACCAAGACCAAAGACGAAGUUUGCGGCGACGACCAGUACGAUUGUGAAGACCUGACGUGCAUAGCUUCAGAAUUGCGAUGCAACAACGUGGAAAACUGCCGUUUCCGAUGGGAUGAAGAUGGCUGUCCGGAAGAGGACAACAGCUUGAUGCAACUGUUUUCUAGUUUCGACAUAAUCGUUAUACUGGUGGUGUUCUUUCUGAUACUGUGUGGCAUGUGUUCAGCAUUUGUUACCAAUAUCGUACGAAAACUAGUGCACGAUCAUCGAAUAAUAAAAGAACAUAUGCGUCACUCGAGAGAAGGUCAUCUCGAUCAAAUAGGAGGAAUUAGUGAAACCGACGAUCACUCGGUGGAAGACUCCGGACCCCAAGGUCAUGGCUAUCCGCACAGUGACAACAGUAGCCAAACUACAAAUUUAUUUCGAUCAAAACAUGCCAAUAACGUGUCUAGUUCGGAUUGUUAUGUUCCGUCGGGCGACCUCAUUCCAGUAUUAAUGAAGCACGACCCUCCCCGACUUUACCCCUCGGUCGAAGACGAAGAAGGCGAUGGACUGAUGAGUUCCUAUCCUAUAACAACCGAGACCAAGGAUAUCGAAUGUCAGACCAGAGAAAGUCUUUUCGACACUACUGUCGUGCCGAAAAGUACAGCGAGCCAUUAUAGAGUUAGGCCAUCGGAAUCGCCUUUAAAUAAGCCGCCAUUAGGAUUUUCUACCUUCGGCUACAGAAAAGAUACACAAACCUCGUCCGAUGCGACAAACCCUUCAAAAUUUAGGGCCGAGGCCGUUAUCGAAAUGGAUAAAUUCUCGUCAGAAAUGUCCAACCAGAGACCGUACAGUAUUGAAUCAACCAAGUCAGCUCCGGAUGUAAUAGUGAUGCACUAAGUAUAAAUAAAUGAUUGUAGAUUAUCCAUUUAUAUUGCAUUCAAAAUGCAGCCAAGGUUAUUAUAUGCUCAAACGAUAAAUUAAUGAACGGCCGCUUUAAGUAUCUAAAUAAAUUUGAGAUUUAAUAAAAAUACAAGUUAAUCUGAAACUCUGCUAUAGAUUAUAUUUGAUAAAACGAUAGAAAAUAAUGUAAGAAUAUUAUUUAGCUUUGAUAACAUUAAUGUUCUACGCAGUUUCCUACAAUAGAGAAAAUUCUCGAUUAGCUGUGUUUGGAACGCUUACUCAAAUAAUGAACUCGUUUGGUUUUAUAUUUAAUAAAUACAUUGUUUCCAAGAACUGUAGAUGAGUAUAACCACCAAUAAAUAGUAUUUCAUAAAAAAAUAAUUUUUAAUAUUUGUUACCAUUAAAUUUAGCAAAAACGAAUAUCCAAUAACAAUAAGAAUUAAAUGUAUAAUAUAUUAAAAUAAUUUAUAUAAAAACUCUCAAACUGAUUAUUCAUUUUAUGCUUCAUUCAAAUUAUUUUGUAUUGUAUAUUGUGUUACAACUUGUUUUAUGAAUUAUUAUGGUGUUUGUGUAUUAAAGAAUAUUGGUGCACCUGACUCAAUAUGAUAAUUACAUAAAGUAAUUGUUAAACGUUUUACUACUUAAAAAACAUAUUGCUGUAUAAUAAAUGAACAAAAUUACACAAUUCACAAAUAUUGUGAAUUUAAUAAAAAAUGUACAUACAUUGUGUAUCAUAAAAUUGUAAAAAUAGGUAGUUAAUUUUCUUUUUGUUAUACUAAGGAUGUACAUAUUGUUGAGACAAUGCUCUUAGAAAUUUUAGUUUUCUUAUAUUGG